AUGGAACACACUCGCACACAGACUAACACACCCCCUGCAGAAGCAGUAGGGCUGCAUGGAGAUCGCAGAAGAGGAUCCAGCGGGAACGCUGCCGUGGUAACGGCAGCAGUAGGAGUAGGAGUGGCAGGCCGAUCAGGGCCAGGUUCAGGGUCAGAAUCAGGACCGGCAUCCUCGUCGUCGUCGUCCUCUUCGACCUCAGUGUCGCCUCCGGCUGGUGGCAAUGGUGGUAGUGGCACAACCAGAACGAUGGCGUCGACAACCACAGAGUCACAUCGUACGGCGAACGGCGAUUACGUGGGUGACGUAAGGGCAUCGUCAGACCAUGGAACAAUCACACCGUCUCAACAUGUGGGAAGUGAACCUUCCAGCCAACCACAACAGGAACAACACAACGAAGAACUGCCACAAGACCCGCAUCAGGUAUAUUUUCAACCACCUGCGCUUUUCAAACCGUUUGAUGGAAAAACCGGCCGGUUCUUAGGGUCCCCCAAUCGGAUCGAUCCUGCAGUUGCGACGGCAGAUUCUCUGGCACCACAGACUGUAUCUGCAGACUUGGACGACGAAAUGAGAUCCGGGAUUAGCGACAGGCCUGAUUUGGCGGCUUUGGCGUCUCUCAAGGCCUCUGCAGGCAAAAGCAACAAGUUCAGAUCACUUUCGGUGCCUUCGAUCCUGCAUUCAUCGUUGCGGACCAUGGGGCUUUCUACCACAGGCGGUCUCUUCACUCUGCAACAGCAGCAGCACCAACAACAACGACAAGAACAACAACAACAGCAGCUUCUACUUCUACAGCAACAACAACAGCUCGAAGAUCGCCAGAAAUUGGGCAACGAACACAUCAACGUGCAUCCACAGCUGCCGGCACAGCAAUCUGCGCUGCACUUGAACCGCGGAAUCAAAAAGAAAAGACAAAGUAAGCAUUCGGCGUCCUUACGCCAUGCUCUUCUCAUGCACCAGGGCAUGCAGUCUUCAAACCACAAAGUCAGUCUCACAGACCGAAUCAAGUACAUGAAAUCGUACCCUGGGCCAAUGCCCUUGCCACCGAUAAAUUUGCAAUGUUUGAAAGAAAUUGACCUUCAAGAAAUCGUGAAAAAUCCUCAAUUGCGGCACGACAUAAUAUUUGAUCCUCUACUGCAGUUCAGACCCAACUUGGACGGUGAAAGAGGCUUCAAGAAAAAACAAGUUUCUGAGAAAUAUUGGUACGACGUGGAAAAUGAAAUCUUUGUUUACAAAUGGAAACCAGAAACGUUCAAAAUGAAUCAAACUCGAUUGGUUCCUCUAUUCAAUAGUCUGAAAGAAGUUUUGACCACAAUAGUUCCACAAAAGGAGGUACACACAGUGGAAAAUGUUUUGGACACAGAGUUACUCGUUCAAGAGCUGCUUAAGGGUUCUUUGAUGAUGUCUAGUUUUGCUGACUGGCUUGCUCAAUUGUUCAAACAUCACUGUGCACCCAUGCGAGAUCCCUGGGUUGACAAGAUGAGUUCCAAAUUUAAAGAAUCAGAAGAUGAAAAAUCUGUACCCAAACUUGUGGAAGGUCUGAGACUGGUGUUCCAGAUACUUGAAGCCAUGAAACUCGAUAUUGCUAACCAUCAAAUCAGGAUUUUGAGACCCGCACUGUUGAGCAAUGCGGUAGAGUUUGAAAAACAGUAUUUCCAAUCGCUGAUGACCACCAAUAGGGUUGACCUCAAAUCUUCUUUUAAGUGGUUCCAAGAUAAAUGUGUGGAAUACCAACAGUCGGCACUUGAAUCUAAUCAACGUUAUCAAGCGCCUGAGGUGUACCGGUUUUGCAUAAGAAGCAUUAUUAGUCUGCUUUCCUGCAGAAAGAUGGUGCGGGACUAUCCUACAUCUUUGUCGUUCGACCAUGCUCGCCUUGUCCUUCUCAGAGCAGAUAUACGGCAGAUUGUAUGUCUUUUGGUUUGUCGGUUGCUUUUUAAGCAACUGGUAACCAAUGACACCACCAUGGACAAACCCAUGAAGGAGCACAUACUGAACUCUUACACCAACAGAAAGUUAAAAGACGAGAUUGUCAGCAUUAUAACGGACGAACAUGGCAAUUGUAGGUGGACUAAGAAUACCAUGGCUAUUGCCAUUCAUUUUUGCAAAACGAUAAGCGAUUUGAGACAGGAUUAUCUGCUACAGAGAACGAUGCAGGACGUCACACUGGCGCGGUCCACUUCGGAAUCUCACCCCAUUGUUCAAGCCCCUAGUUUGAACAAUGCACAGAUCGAUUUCUCCAAGUCCUGGCUCUCGAAACAGACACAGCCUUUGAGUGAAGUUUAUGGCGUGUUAGAGACCCGCGUGUUGCAGCAGUUAGAAAACAGCAUUUUUUCACGUUCCGGCUGUACCCAGGAUGGUACUAUCAAACAGAACUUCGUUCAUCUCUGCAGCACCAUGACGGCGAACAACGGAUCUACGAAGUCUGCUGCCGCUAGCUCACGGACAAGACCUAAUACCAGCUCUUCUACAACCUUCAAAGAGGUAUUUGCCCUUCAGCAACAGCAGCAGCAACAACAAGAACAAGAACAACAACAACAGCAUAAGCAACAGCCUGUAUCCGCACAGGGAUCAUCUGGUGGCCUUGCCACAGUUGACAUGGAAGAGUUCGAAAGUCUUUUCUGUCAUUUAUAUACGUUAGUGAACUUCCACUGGUCGGUUUUUGGGUGUCUCUACAUGGAUUAUUUGGGAGACAAAAUGGAAGCGGUUCACUAG